UCCUGUUAAUUCGAGUCCUGUUGUGAGUGAACCGCCUAUAGCCUGCAAUUGCUAUUGCGAUUGCCACUGCGACGAUGGCAGUGUCCUGCCCCGAAGUUAUGUACGGUGCCUACUAUCCAUAUCUGUACGGGCGCGCAGGACCAAGUCGUUCAUUCUACCAAUAUGAAAGGUUCAACCAGGAUUUGUACUCCUCCUCGGGCGUCAAUUUGGCGGCCUCGUCGAGCGCCUCCGGCAGCUCACACUCCCCCUGCAGUCCCAUCCUACCGCCCUCGGUGAGCGCCAAUGCCGCUGCGGCGGCGGUGGCGGCAGCGGCCCACAACAGUGCUGCAGCGGCCGUGGCGGUGGCCGCCAACCAGGUCAGCUCCACGGGCCUGCAGCUGGGCGGCGGUGGCCUAGGAGCCAGUGGACUGGGUGGCAGCGGACUGGGUGGCAGUGGGCUGGGUGGCAGCGGACUGGGCAUGGGUGGCGGAGCGACGGGCGGUCUCCUCGGCAGCAAUGUGCCCGGUAGCAGCAGCAUAGGAAGCGCCGGACUGGGCAUGAGUCCUGGGCUGGGUGGACACUCGCUGCAUAGUCGGACGCACGGCCACAGCCACGCCCAUUCCCACUCCCACGCACACCAGCACCCGCACUCACACUCAUCCCACGCGCACACGCACACGCAUACGCACCAAACCAAAGAAGAGGAUCUCAUCGCGCCGCGCAGCGAAGCUGAAGCGCGCCUGGUGGGCUCCCACUUACAUCAGCAUCACAACGAGUCCUCCUGCUCCUCCGGUCCGGAUUCCCCGCGCCACGCCCACUCCCACAGCCAUUCGUUACACGUGGGCGUAGCGACGGGCGGUCCCUCAUCGGCGGGCGGUACGAGUUCCACGGGCAUUGGCGGUGGCGGCGGUGGCGGAGGAGGAGGCGGCGGCGGCGGGACAGGUGCCAUUCCCAAGGAACUGCCCGCUCUGGAUGUGUCGCUGGGCGGUGGUGGCGGUGCCAGCAACAGCAGCAGCAGCCAGGGACAAGCUCAGUAUCUCUCGGCCACCUGCGUGGUGUUUUCCAAUUAUUCCGGGGACACUGCCAGCCAGGUGGACGAGCAUUUCUCCCGCGCCCUCAACUAUAAUAACAAGGAUAGUAAAGAGAGCUCUAGCCCGAUGUCGACUCGCAAUUUCCCACCGUCGUUCUGGAACAGCAAUUACGUGCACCCCAUACCCGCGCCCACACAUCACCAGGUUAGCGACUUGUAUGGUACGGCGACGGACACUGGGUAUGCCACCGAUCCGUGGGUGCCGCAUGCGGCAGCCCACUACGGUUCCUAUGCCCACGCGGCGCACGCGCACGCAGCCCACGCCCAUGCCUACCACCACAACAUGGCCCAGUACGGCAGCCUGCUCCGGCUGCCCCAGCAGUAUGCCAGUCAUAGCACCAGGCUGCAUCACGACCAGCAAACGGCUCAUGCUUUGGAGUACUCUAGUUAUCCCACAAUGGCAGGACUCGAUGCGCAAGUCCAGGAUUCUUCCAAGGAUCUGUAUUGGUUCUAA